AUGCAAAGGAACUCGUGCGUCCUCCGCCCGCCCGCGACCCGCGUCCUGCGGGACAACGUCAUCGGCGGCGUGGUGCAGCGCACCGAGCGCAACAACGCCGCGAAGAGGAAGCGCCAGGAGCCCACGUCGCUUCCCGCGUCCAACAAGCUCAUGCUGCUUGCUGUCUCCAGCAGCGGAGCCGCCCUGUACUCAAAGCCGGAGCCUCAGUUCAAGGGGGGCGAGCAGCAGAAGGCGGCCAUGAUCGAGUGGGCCAAUUCCCAGAGGGAUCACCAGCGCGAGAUCCGUCGGCUCCGACAGAUCCGGUACAGGAAGAAGAAGGACGACUACGCCAACACCCUUGAGGAGGAGACGCGCCAGCUCCAGCAGCAGAUCGAGAAGCUCGAACAACGCCGUCGUUCCAUCGCCGAGGCGGUGCCCACAGAGAAGACGCUCUGGAACGUGGUGGUCGAGUACUUCCGACUAUUCCGCUACGGGCUCCGCGAGCCGAUGCCGGCUCGACAGACUCAGGAGAUCCAACCAUGUGCUCAACUGGAUUUCCUGCGCGCCACCAUGGCCCCCGACGUGCUCUUCAACGCGGGGCGAGGCGUCGAGUCCAUCAUGAGGAACUGGAAGUACUUUACGCUGUGGUUCCUCGACGUAGAGAUCGAACUCAACGGCUUGAAGAAGGGAGGCCCGGACUCACUCAUCGCCUCUAUCACCACGAGCUUCACUAUUACGGAGCGCUCGCUUAUGACGGUAUUUCCGCACCUUUGCACGCCCGAAGCUCGCAGUCAAAGAGGACGAGACGGACUCCCGCUGGCCAAGAAGCUCCUGGGGCAGCGCAUUACCAUGCGCGGCUUGACGCGCUUCGACUGGGACGCCGGUUACGGUCGGGUUACCAGUGUCAUUAGCGAGUCGGACAUGCUGACGCCCACGCUCCGCAUCCUCGGCAGCUUGGAGGACGUCUCCCGCGUGUUCGAGAAGUCUCUGAUCUCUCUCACCCCGUACCGAGGACAAAUGCGCGCGAGCAAGUGA